CGAAACGGGAUCUCCACGGCAGUGAAGGUUAAACGGUUGCCCACGAUUUUCACUGUCUGCUCGCCGUUCACUAUAAGUCACUCAGCUCGCAAUUGUUGCCAAGAAUCAGUGGGGGCCGUCCGAAUCUGCAAUCCCGCCUUCCAAAUCUAGGCCUGCAAAGCUGCAAAAAAAACUGAUCGGACAUUCCAGUGUGAUUCCUACCCCGCCUCGUGUUUCACCCACACGGCGAUUAGAAUCAUGCUUGUACAGACAUCCGAAUCAAAGGUCAACAUGCUUGCUGAAGAUGACUUCGGAAUUGUCUAUCUUAUAGAGAAUGCACAACAGUUUUGGUCAGAGCUUGACGAUGUCCUUCGAGUUCCAAGUGAUGGCUCUGCCACGUUAUCCAUGUUAGACACUGCACUCAGGAGGUUUGUGUCGCUCUGUGCUUCAUAUCACGAACAGUUCCUUCAAAGUCCCAUGCAGCUGGAACAUGCAUGCAAUCUUCUGCUUGACUCCGAAUUGUUCGUGUUUCACUCUGAACGGAUGUGCGAGUUGGUCAUCGAGGAUGUCAAGUCUAAAACAAAUCCUCACUCACAACUCAUUCUAUACAGCGUACUAUUGUUCCACGGUCGCCGUCAAUCGAACUUUAUCCGCUCCCAUAAACAUUGGCAACCCCUAAUACCGCUUCUCAUGGAUCACGUUUUGGUGGAAAUAAACCUAGAUACAGAGGACGUCUAUCUCGGGGCAUCAUCUAUAUCAAGUGGUUCCGGUUCACGCUCCAGCUUGGUGGUUGGCCACAUACCUAUAGAGGCAAAGUUAAGGGGUCUGGGCGUGAGGCUACUCUAUGAAGUGUGCCGGGUCCAGAAACUGUCUUUAUAUGAUUUGAAUGUUUUCAACGAUCAGUUUCUCGAUAAUUUGUUUGAGCUUGUAGAGCAGACUCGAUUUAUGUCUGAUGAAACUCUGAAUUACUCCAUAAUCAAAUUGAUCGUUGCAUUAAAUGAGCAGUUCAUGGUAGCCUGUUUAAGCAAUAAUCAACAUUCUGGAGUCAAGGAGCCAGAAUUGCAAAAUCGAGUGCUCACCGUUCUUAUAUCUCGUCUCGGAUCUAGCAAGACUUUUGGUGAAAACAUGAUAUUCAUGCUCAAUCGUGCUUCGCGAUCUGCUGAAGACCUGUGUAUGCAACUUCUGGUGCUCAAGCUUCUUUACAUUCUUUUCACCAACAAGGCAACGUCAGAAUAUUUUUAUACAAACGACCUACGUGUCCUUGUGGAUGUCUUCUUACGCGAACUGGUCGACCUUGAUGAGGAGAGUGAAUCUCUUCGGCAUACCUAUCUUCGUGUUAUGCAUCCACUGCUCACAAAGACGCAAAUGCGGAGUGUGCCAUAUAAACGUCCGCAGAUUGUUCUUGCCCUUGAAUCCCUUAUUCAAAAUGGAAAUAUCCGAGACAUCAACCCCACAACGAAACGUUUGGUUGAACGAUGUCUCGGAGGGGAGUGGUGUGUGCAGCUGCGAAGGACAUCACACGAUAAAGAGGCACUCAACCGUCAAGGAGAUUUUCGACACAACAGCCCAAGUCACGACAUCAUUGCGUCCACGACGCAAGAUACUGUGUCCUCUCGAGCACCAACUUCGCCAGACGUGGAGCAUGACCCUGCUUCCAAGGCGCUGAGCUCGAAGCUGAAGGUUAUAAAGCACCAUAGAAGUCGGCUACCCUCCCCAAGAUCGGUGAAAGCAUCAUACAUGCGUUCUAGCACAGACAGCACAACGAGUCUAGCGGCUGCAACCACCACUUCAUCUAGACAACGAGAGAAAGCUAGUUCUGUUGACGAUGUCACUAGUACUGUCACACUCCAUCCAGAGAAGAGCGUUUUCGCGCAACAACCUAGACCGUCUUCGUCUAGUUCUUUGAACAUUCCUCCGACCGCAAGAAGAAAGGCUCCUCCAGUGCCUGUCGGAACAACCAAUAGCGGGGCUACAAUCACAGCCAUCGCAACCUCUGCUUCUACUCCAGUCCUUGGUCAAUUAGGGAAGAGCAACAAGCUGGUGUGCCGCCAACUGUAGCUUAUAAAUCAUCGGUGAGUAUAAGUGCUCGUCUGUAUGAGCCUUCCUCGACAUCUAUGUUUGGCCGUUUCAGUAGGAGUUCCGGAACUCUGCUUUACACUAGCCGUUCUUUUCUCACUCGCAAGCAUUGUCUCGUGCAUUGAUCAUUCGCAUCUGGACCCUCCAUCUCACAGCUAGGACAUUCACAUUGGAUACAAAAUGUACAGCUUCCUCACAGCACUUAUUUAAACCCUUCGUUCAUCACGUCCCAGGAUUUAUCUCAUUUGAUUGCGUUCUUGAAUUUAUUUCCUAAUUUUCUUGAUUUCUUACUCGCAUUUUCUUAAACACAUUGGGGCUCAUUUCAGGAAGUGUUGUCCGACGUCCAAUCUUCAUUCA